GUGGCGUACUGUCUGCGGAGCGCAGCUUGGGACGUGGCCGCAUCGUGGCAAGGCCAAGAACGGCCCUUGUCGACGGGGCGGAGCAGUGCGCAUGCGCGGAGCGGACUGCCUGGGAGCAAGUUUGGGUGAAGGAGUGAGGGCCAGUGUCCACUCCGCAUCGGGAGGGAGUCACCACACACGGGCUCGAGUCCGUGGGGGGGCUUGGUGGAUACCGCAAACUUAGCGCGUUAUUGCCUGAGCAAGACAAAACAACAACGAGGAACCAUUAGAGAGGAAAAACGUUUUAAGGACAUAUCUGGACUAAACAUCUCUUCUUUCUCUCGCCCUGCGCGGCCCCCUCCUUCCCUCCCUUAAGACCCUCGAGAGAACGACCACCCAAAGAAAAUCCCACUUGACCAAGAUUUAGUAAUAUGCGAUGCACCUUGAUCCUAAAAAACCCGACAACGCUUAUUUGUUCCUGGACUUCAGCCUAUGAAGAUUACGGACACUGUUUUAAGUAUUGACACAGGGUAUCUUCUCAACUGAGAGUAAUAAUCUAAUUCCUUAAAAAAGUAACGUUGACCAGGCUGUUUGUCGCCUGUAUUUUUUUCCAUUGCGGUGGGCUUUUUGUGUUACGAGUCUUUUAUAAAGAAGCUGGAGCGUAGUUUCCCCCGCAUGUUUGUUCCUUGUGUGCGUUUUGUAACGACAAUGGUCUGACGGUAGACCGCUACAGAGCCGGAUUGUUAAACGGUGACGCGACGUGUAUCCAGGCGUGCAGAAGAACCCGAUUCACUGACGGAUUUUUUUGUUACGCUAAAUAUAUAUUUUUAAAACUAAAGUACUUUGUAUAACCACUAUAACAGGAAAGUUUCACGACGCUUCGAGUCGAAGCCUGCUCAACCAUAUUCACUUCUCAGCUCCUCCAAAGGUCAGAGGCUGCACCCAUGCUCUCCUUAGAUGAGCCACUGGACCUGAAGCUGCCGAGAGGGCAAAUUAAUGGGCGGAGCAGAGGCUCCAAGUCCCUGCCCACUCUUAUUUCCUCUCGGGUCAUUGACAACAGGAUUGGACAUCUGCCAGAUGCUGAUGAUGGUAAAGCAGAUAUUGUUCCAGAAUCCCCUGGCUCCCCCCACAGAGGUGUACACAUGGUGUGCCAGGAGAAGCCUGAACUCCACAAACCUCCUACAGUGGACUUUAGCAUGUCUUCACCCUCUCAUCAUACACCCUGCUCUCCUGAACUAAAUAAUGGAAAUGGCACCUCUCAUCUGUUUUCUGGGGACUCUGUUUUCCGUUAUGUUGAGAGAGGGGCCCCUUCACAAGCCUUCCAGUUUUUUUUGCCAAUUGGAGGAAGAGAAGGACUUCAUUUGUCAUCCUCAGUGUUUAUUGGCCAGCCUAAGGAUAAGAGGGCCUCCCCUGAACUUUCAGCAGACGAACAGCUGUCCUGUCGAUGGAGGAAGUGCCAGUUGCUUUUUGACUCCCUGCAAGAUUUAGUGGACCAUGUAAAUGACUUUCAUGUAAAGCCUGAAAAAGAUUCUGGGUAUUGCUGCUACUGGGAAGGCUGUGCACGCAAAGGACGGGGCUUUAAUGCAAGGUACAAAAUGUUAAUUCACAUUCGAACACACACCAAUGAGAAGCCACACCGCUGCCCCACCUGUAACAAGAGCUUUUCACGUUUAGAAAACCUCAAGAUCCAUAAUCGUUCACACACAGGUGAGAAGCCCUACAUCUGUCCUUAUGAAGGCUGUAAUAAGCGUUAUUCAAACUCCAGUGACCGCUUCAAGCACACCCGUACACAUUAUGUGGACAAGCCAUACUACUGCAAGAUGGCUGGUUGUCUGAAGCGUUAUACAGACCCGAGCUCUCUGAGAAAGCACAUCAAGGCACAUGGGCAUUUUGUGGCUUCACAGGAACAACAGACAAGCCCAGGAGAGGGAGUUGGAGGACAAGGAGGAGGUGGAAACUCACCUGUGCCAAAGCCAUCUCAUGUUACAGGGAAAGAAUCUGAGCUGAGCUACACCCAUAUCAUCCUACCAAGUACGGCAGCUGCUUUCUUAGGCAGCUCUCUGCCCUUGUCAUCUCUGAGUCCUAGACCCCUGGACUUGAGCAUCCUGGGAAGUCAAAACUCACCUGUCCUGUCCUUCAAUAGCCUGGCUAAAUCCCCACUGAUGCCUCCAGUCUACUCCACCUCAGCACUUGGCUUGCCUGUGGUGCCCGUUUUGUGCUCAGACCGCAGAGGACAAACAAAGGCCAGUUCUAGGGUGAAUGAAGGUGAGGAUGAGAGCCCUAGGGGCAUCCUAAACCUCUCCACAGGAUCGUCCCAUGACCACUUGUCUUGGGUUGUCAUUCCUUCAGGCUCCUUAAUGUUGAAGCCUGCUGUGGUUAACUGAAAAAGAUCCCAAUAUCAUUCCGGAGGGAAGGGGCAGCACAGGGAUCAAAGGUCAAAGGGCUGAGACAGUCCUGUGACAUAUCUACCCUUUAAUUUCCAGCAUUGCAUCUGUUCAUUACCAAAGAUACGUUUCCACUGUGGUCUUUUUUAAGAAACAAAAGGGUUCCUUAAUAAUCAUGUUACUGAAUAAUGUUCCUGUUUAAUGUUUUUACUACAGUGUAGAGCUGUGACAAUAUAACAGUGACACAGCAACAAAAUAGAAAAAGCUGAGAUUAACUUUAGCCUAAUCUGGUUUUGCCUCACUGUAUACAUUUAGUACCAACAAUAAUGUAGUUUUUCAAACCAUCACACAAAUGUGUGAUUAAUUUGCCACCAUCAGGCUAAUCAAUGUAUAAAAUGCACUGCCAAUUUUAUGAUUCACUAACCUCUGAAUAACAUGUAUAACUGAAUAACUAUUUAUUUUUCAGAAAACACUUUUUUCAAAAUCAUUGCUUACGUCACUAAAUCUCUUCUUACACUCAUUUUUUUCCUUGAGGCAGAUGUAGGGGACAGAAUAGUAUGGAGACAGAUGAUCUGCUGUGGCAACCCCUAAUGGGAGCAGCCGAAAGAAGAAGAAGAAGAAGAAGAAGAGUUACUAUAUUACAGAAAACACCAGGCCUGUUAGAUUCUUACACACAAAUACAGGAUCAAUUAGUUAUAUAGAAAAACAGGUGCAGUAGCUGGAGCAACCAGAAAGUCUUGUUUAAAAAUGCAUUUAUGUACAGUAUUAAAAUAUGUUUUAUAAAUAUACAUAUAUUUACAAUUUUGUCAUAGCAUUUUAAAAUCUGUUGAAAGGGUCAUCUAGACAAUGGAUUUCUGCAAUAUCCAUAUAUUGAAGUAGAUAGGAGGUUGCUUAUUGGUUCAUACUUUUAUGCAAAACCAACUAAUAUCUAAAUAUUAAGUUUCUAAGAAACUUAUCAAACAUGACUUGCGGUGGAAACGUAUCUUAUAUGAACAGAGAUAGUGUGUGAAAAAAAAUCAGUGGCCCAAGGACAUCACUUCUAGUUUUCUUUUCUUUAGAUUUCUAUCUUUUUUUUGUUGUCUCCCAGUACAAACAUUUUAAGAAUCUAUGCCCAUGUUUCAGUAAGCACUUGGCUGCUUAUUUCUUAUUGUUUGAUUUAACACUCUGGACGCCAGUGUGCAAGACACACUAAGUGCACAAUCUUCUGUAAUGAUUUAUAGUUUGAGGUCACUUAAUGGUGAACUGUAAAACUCCUUUGAGGGCUUUUCUCAUGAUUAUUCUGACAAUGCAGGUUAAACUUGCAUGCAUGCAGUUUUUAUUCAGGAAAUGACACUGAUUCAGUCAUGCUUUGGCAGAGUUUGAGUGGUCAAUUAAUGUUUAUUUAGUUCAGAGGACCAUCAGUGCAUUCCAUGCCGCUAUUUUAGUCAUACACAGAUCCUGUUCAUUUGUCCACAGACUGACAAACCUCUAGUGAGAGCUGCUAUACUGUCUGGCUAACUGCUAGUUUAUUUAAUUGAACUGAGAGUUCAGUUGUGAUGCAUAUAAACAUUAAAACCUGUCCUUUUAGAAACGGCCAACCAUCACUAUAUACAAUAAGGCAGGUUUAAGUCUGGCUUUUAAAUUAGCCAUCGUAACAGACAAGACUCAGUUGAGUUUCAAGGUAGACAAAGGUGUUAUUUUUGCUUACCACUUCAGAUGACUGUUGCACAAAUGCCAUCUGUUGCACAUUUGUUUUAUUGACCUCACACACACUAUGCUAGCACAGCAUGCCACAUAUAUACUGUAUGUUUUUAAAUGAUAACAAAUGUGAGGGAAAACCCUCACAUGCAAACAAACACAAUUGGUGUGCAGUUCAAGCCUCUGAAGCAAAAGUGAUGUUGAGACAAAACGACAUAAGAAUAACAUUCCGUUUCUACUUAUAAUCUACAUUUAAGAGCUUUUUCUUGAAAAAAAAACACCUGAGUUUGAUAGUCUCUUCCCAAUUUAGGUCAGAAAUCUUAAUAUUUCUUUAUCAUUACUUGCCUGAAAGAAAAAAAAAAGCUCUUGGAAAUUUGUCUGUGUUUCCUAUCCCUGCAUCCACCCACAAAGUCUUAUAAUUCCACAGUAGUUAUGCUACAUUUGGGCACACUAUAUGGCUAUAUUAUGUUUGUUGUAGUGUUUGGACGAGACAUUCCAUUUGAUGUUGAUGUUGCUUUAUCUCAUUGUCUCUGCUAUUGCUGCUUUACACUGAGCUUUCUCUCACAGUGCAUUGAGGAUGGAGGAAUGGAUGGUGACAGAUUGGUGAGAUGGACUGGAAAGCAGUUUCUUAAAAAUAAACCAAUUCAUCCCUGAGAAUCACUCCAGGGAAUUUAAGUCAUGCAAGAUAACUUAAGGCAAAGAUAUACAAUUAAUGACAGGAAGACAGAUUGUCUAUCUGACAUUUUGGAUUUAUAUACACCAUGAAGUAAAAAAAUAUAAUGCUUUCAGUUAAUCCACUUAAUGAACUUAUUGUAUAUUAAUUAUACUUCAGCAUAAAUAACCAGUCAAAGUCCAAUGCCAAUACAAUCAGAAAAAAAACCAUUUAAUGCAGCUAACUGCAUGAGUGAAAAGAAAUGUACACAACUGCAUUGCAAACAUUUGUACUGAUGCCAUUUAAAUGACUUUCAGAAAAGACCCAGGGACCCUGGAUUUGUGAUGCUGCAAUGCUACCAGAACACAUUACAAUUAGAAAAAAACACACUGUCACAGUAAACUGAAUUUUCUGCUGGAAUUAAUAUAUUGAUCCAUCCAACUAAGGCAAUCAGCUCUGGAUAUUUCAUCUCCAGACUGUGUAUCAGGUCCAUAAAUGUUCACCUCACAGCCAUAGCACUUCCAGGAAUUCCCCUAUAUUUUGCUUAUACAAUUUAAACUUUUCUCCACUCUUUACUAUUAUGCUUGUUUGAGAAGGCUCGUUAUGACACAGACCCUCCAGGGUCUACACCAUUUAAUAUAUUAGAUAAGCUGUUUGACCCAUUAACCCUUUGAGCACUCAAGUGAAGUAUGUUUCAAGUUGCUUUUAUUGUUUAGUUGUUUUUAUAAACGAAAUAUUAGCAAUAAUUUGAAUGGUUGGCACAGAGUGCUGGUUUGCCACGGACUAUCAAAGUCUUCAAUCCAGUUAACAUCAAGCCUUGAAGCCUUUUUUUUUUUAGCAAGGACAGCAUGUAUAUGGUACAAAAUGCACCAUUUCACUUUGGAAAAAGUGAAAAAAUGAAGUCAUUUGGAAAUGUGUAUAUAUAUAUAUAUAUAUAUAUAUAUAUAUAUAUAUAUAUAUAUAUAUAUAUAUAUAAAAUAAAACAAUUUUACCUUUCAAUAUUUAACAAAACAAUUUAUGUGCCAUAAUGGUGUCCAAAGGGUUAAUGCAAGACUAUGGCUAGGAAAGGCCUGUAUUCAGUUUUCUUUUCUUUUUGCACAUUGAAAUAUUUUAUAUCAGUAUUUUAACUUUUUCCAAGUGCCUUUUAUUAUAUAUACUAUAUUGCCUGUCAAAGUUUGGAAGCACCAUUUAUGGUUUUUGAGACACUUACAUUAUCCUUUUAUUUAUAUGCAACAAACUCAGUAAUUUAAUAGUAUGAAGAGCUAAUUAGACCAAACAAAUAUACAAAUGUAAAAAAUUUUUUUUAACAACAGCUUUACACUUUUGCCAAUAGUUUCUCCAAACAUUCAGCUGAAAUUCUUUGCCAGGCAUCUUAUAAAAUGUGCAAAAGGUUAGAGAUUCCUUUCUGCCCUUGUGAUCCAGUUCAACAGGAUCUAGGUGUGAUGACUGUGCAGGCCAUUCAAUGAGAGAACAAACAAAAUAAACAUGCAUCUCAAAAACAAUAAAAGACUAGGUGUUUCCACAACUUUGACAAACACUGUUAUAUUUAUAUAUAUAUAUAUAUAUAUAUAUAUAUAUAUAUAUAUAUAUAUAUAUAUAUAUAUAUAUAUAUUGGUGCAUCAUGUUCUUAAGGUGAACAUGCAAACGCUCUUUAAUUGGUACAACACAAGUGUGAUCCUGUUUCAAAGGAAUUUUAUUACAAUAUUGAUUUUGAUGUCAAUGAAAACAAAAUAAAUGUUUCAUAAUUUUGGAUUUGA